UUUGACAUUGACAGUUGGAGUUGGUUAAUUUGUUUAAACAGCACAAGUGAUAGGAUGUUGGAGACAAAUAAUCUUAUUGUAUAAAUCUUUUCUAUUGGCGAAGUUAUUUCUCCUUCUUUAUUGUUGAGUUCGUAGGAAUUGUGAUUUGAUUUAAAUAAAGUCGUUUUUAGGGCCUAAACAGUUUUGCUAAAGAAGACAGAAAUACAUUAAGUAGUUCUAACCUAUUAUAAGAGUAUUGGCAAAAUUCUAGGCUUAUGUAUUAUCGCUGAUAAUAUUAGUGUUGAAGUCAGUUUUAUUGAACAAAUUAGAAAUAUUUGUUGGUAUACUUUUCAAUUGUGUGCUUUUAAUGAUGACAUCAUGGGAGGAAAGGCAAAGAAACACCUUAUUAGAUGGACGUAGAGCAUUGGAACAAACUUCUGAAAGUCUUGCACGCUCUGAGAGAACGGCUUUGGAGACAGAAGCUAUAGGAGUGGAAGUGGUAUCGAACCUUGGAACCCAGCGAGAAACACUGCAACGAGCCAGAAACAGACUUGAAGAUAUUGACCAGGGACUGAGCACAACCAACUCGAUUUUGAACACCAUGACACGACGCGUUUUCACAAACAAGCUUCUUCUAGUCCUCAUAAUCCUUUGUGAAUGUGGUAUCCUGGCAUCUCUAAUCUUCAUCAGAUUUAUCAAACACUAAAGAGUACACAUUUCCAUAAUAUUUACUUGUUAAUAAUAUUUAAAGCAAUAAUAUUACUUAAAAAAAAAAACGAGUAUUUUAGCAAUUCCAUACCAAAGAUUUAAACAAUAUUGGAAGAUGACUAAGACGUCAUUACAAUUUUGAUUUGGUUCAUUUACAACUGCUACUAUUGAAAAACUUAUUCUUGUUCCUUGUUCUAAUAAAAUAUGUCAGACGAGUUCGGUUUUGAUAUUUUAGUAAAAGUAGUGGCACAAAUUUGCCAGAUGGUGGGUUUUGAAAGAGUGACCAACUCUUCUAUUUUCAUGUUAACAGAUAUCAUUAGAGAUUUUGUUCUUCGCAUAGGAUAUCUUUGUAAAAGGUAUGCAGAGCAUUGUGGGCGUUCCCAUGUAAAUUUGGGUGACCUCUCUCUUGCUUUUUAUGAUUUGGGUAUCUCUCCAUUGGAACUCCUACAAUUUCUGGAACUAGUCAAUCUCCCACCUCAGUGUAUUAGAGUGCCAAGAUACCCAGUCAUUCUUAGUAACCGGUAUUUUCUUGAAAACAGCUUGAGAAACAUAAAAGUAAAUGAUCAGGUAACUGGAAAACCAAAAGAAGGUUUGAAAAUAAGAAUAUCACUAAGUAAAAUAAAAGAAGCUACUAAAAUAUUGAAAAAUAAGAAAAAGAAGAAAAAAAGAAUGCGGAGAAAGAGAGGAGUAUCUCUGUAAAACAUUUUAACCUUUACAAGAAUGUGAAGUCCUUUAUUGGGUACCUGAACAAAGACAAAUUUGGAUGUUUAAGUAUAUUGAUAUAAUGUUUUCAAAGUUACAAUGAGAGUAUAUUCUGUAUAUUUUUAUGUUAAAGUGAUUUGUCCAUUUUUGUUUAGGAAUACUUAUUUCAGCAAAUUUAAUUCAGUUUAUCCAGCUUCAGUAACUACAUUCCAUUUUUUAUUGUUUAUUUUUGACUCUGAAGCUAUAUUUAAUCAUUAAGUAUUCUAACAUGUUAAAUAGGAUUUUUUUAUUUAAUAGCAUUACUUUGAGUUAAAUUGUUUAACAAAUAAAAAACAUGUAUGUGAUAUUGUAUAAUUACUUUGUCGUUGAUGUGUUAAAAUUCAUCUCGUAUUGUAGUAUUAUUAAUAAUACAUGUCUGUUGUGAUAUAAUAAAUUAUAUUUUGUGAA